ACUUGUAGUCAUAAAACCUUAUUCAUCUCAACUACUCACUGCCAAUCCCACCGUUGGUCCAUCGUUGAUCUCCACCAGUACCACCGCUAGUCCACCACCACUCACCGGUAGACUUUACUCUUUCAUUUCACUCUGAUUUCAUUCUCUCUCUCUCUAGAUGAGAUAUAGAUAUCUCUAACCGGCCGUCACUGCAUGUGUUGAUAAGUCAGCAAAAACGGUGGUCAAACAACAAAUUGGGGGUCAAGUUUUCGUCUUUCCGACCAACCUACCAUCUUCUCCCGGAACAAUCACCACCACCUCCCCCGAAGCCAGACGCAAUGGGUUGCGAUGGUGACGUCGCCGCCAAAGAAGACCGCCGGAAACGGGAGCCCUCGUCUAUCUAUCUUUUUCUUUUUGUUGUGCAUCCACAUGUUGUACCUUGUGCUUCCUUUGUUGUGUACGAUUUUCUUGUGCAGCCUGAUCUUGUACCUUCUGCUAUCUUGCACAUCAUCAAAGGACAAAAUUGUAAUUUGAGUUGGAUUGUCGGUGGCCUUUGCCACCGACUUUGUGUUUUAAGAUAGUAUGAAAUGAAAUAUAAUAUAAUAUCAAAGACCAAUUCCCCCUCAAAAGCCUAAAAUUUUAACGUCUUAAACCCACCCACUCACCAUUUCCACUUCUCACCCCUCUCACUGUCACCACCGCCACUUCAUGAGAUGGGAGUAGUUGUAGCCACCACCCUCAAAACCACUGUGAUCCUCCUCUGCUUCUUCUCCGCCCUCGCAAGGUUCGAAACAUUCACCCGAUCCUACCCCACCUUCAACAAAUCUUUAGAAUUACAAGACUUCUCCGACCUAAACUUUCAAAACGACGCCCGAAUAAGCCAAGACGCCUUGCAAAUCACCGCGGACACCAGCAACAACGCCGUAUUCGACCUCCGCAACCAAUCCGGCAGGGUCAUGUUCCGCCAGCCCUUCAAACUCUGGGACGGUGAUUCCGUAGCCUCCUUCAACACCUCAUUUCUCGUCAACAUGUUCCCCAUGAACGGCAAUCCCGGAGAAGGCUUAGCCUUCUUAAUCGCCCCCACCAUGGAUGUCCCCGAUAACAGCUACGGCCAGUACCUCGGCCUCACAAACCAAACCCUAGACAACGAAGCAUCAGACAACGUCUUAGCUAUCGAGCUCGACACCGUCAAACAACCCCACGAUAUUGAUAAUAAUCACAUCGGCCUCAACAUCAAUUCCAUCGUAUCUGUCGUUUCCACACCGUUAACUCCCUUAAACAUCACUCUUGCUUCCAAAACGACGUCAUUCCACAACGUCUGGAUUCGAUACAACGGAAAUGAAAAGGUCAUACGUGUUUACAUCGCUGAACAGCCGGGAAGAACCUCACCCACGCCUCCCAUGCCGCAAACACCGGUCAUUGAACAUCCGCUACAUCUUAAAAAAGCAGUUAGCAGCGAAUCCUACAUCGGAUUCGCGGCAUCCACGGGAACCUUAGUGGAGCUAAACUGUGUGUUGCAAUGGAACAUCACAGUUGAGUACAUCGUCAGUACCGGCUCUAAAAGUCCGUUAUCAAUGAUCUUGAUCGCCAUUGUGGUGUUGGCGCUGGUGGCGCUAGUGGGUUAUUUUUGCUACCGGUUGUAUAAGAAGUGGUUGGUGGAACGGUCGCAGUCGAAUAUAUUGAGCCGGCUCAGGACGCUGCCCGGAAUGCCGAAGGAGUUCCGGUUCCGAGAGUUAAAGAAAGCGACGAAUAAUUUUAAUGAGAGGAGGAAGCUCGGGCAGGGCGGAUACGGUGUCGUUUACCGGGGUGUUUUGCCGGAGGAUAAUGUUGAGGUGGCUGUCAAGUGGUUUUCGCGGGAGAGUUUGAAGGGGGAAGACGACUUUUUGGCAGAGCUUACGAUUAUUAAUCGUUUACGGCAUAAACAUCUUGUUCGUUUACUCGGGUGGUGUCACAGGAACGGAAAGCUCCUGUUGGUGUAUGAGUAUAUGCAAAAAGGUAGUCUUGACAUGCACCUGUUCAACGUAACUGGCGAGCCGCUGAGUUGGACCCUCCGUUACAAGAUUCUUGCCUGUAUCGGCUCCGCCCUACACUACCUCCACUAUGAAUACGACCAAAAAGUCGUUCACCGUGACAUCAAGGCGAGCAACAUAAUGCUCGAUUCCGAUUUCAACGCUCGUCUAGGUGACUUUGGUCUUGCCCGUGCCCUAGACAACGAGAAAACAAGUUAUGCUGAGGCCGAGGGUGUGCUUGGAACCGUUGGUUACAUAGCCCCAGAAUGCUUCCUCACCGGAAAAGCCACUCAACAUUCUGAUAUUUAUGCGUUUGGCGCGUUACUAAUCGAGGUUGUUUCUGGUCAACGCCCCGGGACAAAAGUCAACGGUUUUCAGUUUAUGGUGGACUACGUAUGGUCGUUGUAUCGGGAAGGUCGUAUCUUGGAAGCUGUUGAUAAACGCCUUGCAGAUGAUUAUAACGCAGAGGAAGCCACACGGUUCUUGAUGUUAGGUCUAGCUUGCUCGCACCCGAUAGCUGAUGAGAGGCCGAAAACACAUACCAUUGUGCAAAUGCUAGCGGGGUCCGUGGCCAUACCACAUGUUCCACCUUUCAAACCUGCUUUUGUGUGGCCCGCAAUGAUGCCAAUUGAUGAUCUUUCCCAAGCUACCUCGAUCAACACAGCCCCACAUUCGAUUAGUCAAUACGAGACCAAUUGGAGUCCAUUGAGUAGGCAAAAUUACUCGGGUUACGCGGAUCAAUCAACGGUUUAGUUUCUUUUGGGGUGCAAUCUUUACAGUCCGUUUUUGUUGUCAUUUUACAAAAAAUAUAUAUAACAACAAUAAUAUUAUUAUGUUUGGUGAUGAUCGUGGAGAAAAUUUUAUGCUUGUUAUAAUAUUUGAAUCAUGCGUUUCCUAGUUUAUAACACUAAA